AUGUAUCAAAAGAAAGUAAUUAAUAAAAUACCAGGUGAUCUACCACCUCUUUCAAAAAAAGAAAGUCAAGGAUAUAUUGAAGAUUUAAGGAACAAACAAAAGAAUGAACUAGAAGAAUUAUUAGAAAGACAAAAUAAAAUCCUAAGUAAUAAAACAUUUGUAUUAAAGCUUCCAGACAAAGGAGAAAAAAUCAAAUCUUUUUGUGAUAGAAUAUUAAAGGAACUAGAACAUAGAAAUGAAGUUGAAAAAGCAGCAAAUCUUUUGUCAAAAUUAAAUUUAGCAUCUGAAGGUAAAGCUGCUAUGAAUGAAUUAGAGUGGACUGGUAAAUAUAAUGAAAAUAAAACUACUAUCAAAGUUAUAGAACUUGAUAGUGGUGAUGAAGAAGAUCCUUUAAAAAUAUUGGCACAACCUACAGGAUAUGGUGUUCAUAAAAAGAAAAUUACACAUUUGCCACCAGAAGAAAGUUUAAUUAAACCUGAAGAUUUGGCAGAAAUAGAAUCUUUCAAAAUCAAAGCUGAUGAACACAUUACAUAUAUUGUCAACAAAGUAGAAAAAUCUCUAGAGGAUAAAGAUAACAAAAAAAAACCAUUCAAGCCAUAUAAAACAACCAAGUCCAAUGUACAUGAUCCAGAAAAAGAAAAACAAAGAAAACGGAAUAAACAUUGGGAAGUUACAGCAGCAACACCACCACUUAUUGUUCAUGGUGCAGCAAAGAUUAUAAAUUUAAAUGAAUCCCUAAAAAUACAAAAAGAACAAGCUGAAACAUUUCAAAAAAUUCAAGCUAAACAUGCAGCAGAAAGAUUAGGUGAACAACUUGGUUUACAUAAUAUUGGCCCUCCACCUAAUAAUGUAACUGAUUAUCGUCUGCAACAUGAUAAAGAAUCUGAUUCUCUCACUUCAGAAGAUGAAGAAAAUGAAGUACACGAUGAAGAAGAUAAUGAUAAAGGGGGAACUGUUGUUUUUACAGUAGAUAGUAUAGAAAGUUAAUUUAUUUUGUAAUGUAUAUA